UUAAUUAAGGUUAGUUAUGCUAGUUUAGCUACUAACCAAUUUUUUAAUAGAUUCCGGUAUUCGGUCCGUUAAAAUGGAACGAGUUGAAGCUAUUAAAAUACGAUUAGGAUAGGAAAAUAAUGUUUAGUAUCCUAAUUCUGCUAUUUUAAUUUUCCUAUUUAGAAUGGAUAAGAAUAAUUCUGAUACACUACAUAGUUCAAAACAUGAUUUGAAAAGAAAGCAUGAUGAAUCCGAUAAAAAAUCGAAGAAACGUAAGAAAAAACAUAAAAGGCGGAAAGAAUCAACUUCUUCAAGUGAUUUAGGGGAGAGAAAAAAGGUAAAAAAACAUAAGAAAAAAAAAGAUAAAAAAUCGAAAACUGGUAAAAACGAUUCCACUUCAGAAGAAAUAGUUGCCGACGUACCUUUAGAAUUAAUGUCCAAAUCCAAGGCAAUGGCUCCAAUGACUAAAGAAGAAUGGGAUAAAAGACAAAGUAUAAUACGUAGAGUAUAUGACGAAGAAAGUGGUCGGAAUAGGUUGAUUAAAGGUGAUGGCGAAGUUAUUGAAGAAAUAGUUAGUCUUAAAAGACAUAAAGAAAUUAACAAAACUGCUACUCAAGGCGAUGGAGCAUACUUUCAAAGUAAAAUGAUUGCAAAAUUAAAUUAAAAACAUCAAAUGAUUU